AUGGCCAGAGACAAUGACAAUCCGCGUACAGAGGAGCGAAAAGGUAGCGAUGACAAGGAGGACGCACAAGGUCUCCUACUCCAGGACUCAAGAGAAGGGUCACCUGAGGCGGAUAUCGUAGUCCAUUCUGCUAUUGGGUUUGGCGAGGCAAAUGGACAUGCUAGAGGACCUAUGAAAGGGCCGCCUAGAAGGCAAUCUUCGUUUGCGCAAUCGAGGCCCAAUGGCGAGCCGAGAACACCACAUCGUGUGCGAUUCGAGGUAGCCGAGCCGGAUGCGCUCCAGGAGGCCGACGUGCAUGCUCAAGGCCAGCAGUGGAUGGACGACGAGGACUUUCUGACCACAGACACCUACGAUGGCGAUCCGACAGGACAUCGAGGACAGCGAGCUCCACUUUUGACAGACAUACAGGCGCCGAGUGUGACCGUGGCCAACGAUCUGGACUUUGAGGCAGAAGACUACCUCGAGUCUGCGAGACCGAAGAGUGGGCUCAAGAGUGCGUUCAUGAACAUGGCCAACAGUAUAAUUGGUGCUGGCAUUAUUGGACAACCUUAUGCUUUCAAGCAAGCUGGCCUAUUAUCUGGCAUCAUCCUCCUGAUAGUGCUCACGAUCACCGUGGACUGGACCAUUCGCCUGAUCGUCACAAAUUCGAAGUUGAGUGGAGCGGAUUCCUUCCAGGCGACAAUGGAGAAGUGCUUUGGCAAGUCUGGGCUUGUCGCCAUUUCGGUGGCGCAAUGGGCAUUCGCCUUUGGUGGGAUGGUGGCAUUCUGCAUCAUUAUCGGGGACACUAUACCGCACGUCCUGCAGGCUGUGAUUCCAUCUCUGGAGCAUAUGCCUGUACUUUGGCUACUUACGGAUCGAAGAGCCAUCAUUGUGUUGUUCGUCUUGGGUCUAUCAUUCCCGCUUUCUCUCUAUCGAGAUAUUGCUAUGCUCUCCAAAGCAAGCACCCUUGCGCUUAUCUCCAUGAUCAUUAUUAUUAUUACAGUGGUAACACAGGGACCACUACAGAAAUCUGAGCUACGAGGUCAGCUCAGGGGCAGUCUCCUGAUUAACGAUGGCAUUUUCCAGGCUAUCGGCGUCAUCUCAUUUGCCUUCGUAUGCCACCACAAUAGCUUACUGAUCUAUGGCUCCCUUCGGACGCCAACAAUGGACCGCUUCGCACGAGUCACCCACUACUCGACAGGCAUCAGCAUGAUGGCGUGCAUGAUGAUGGCGCUUGGCGGCUACUUGUCGUUUGGCGACCGCACACAAGGCAACGUGCUCAACAACUUUCCUACCGACAGUGUCAUGAUCAAUAUUGCGCGACUCUGCUUCGGCCUGAACAUGAUCACCACCCUCCCACUCGAAUGCUUCGUCUGCCGCGAAGUGAUGACAACCUACUACUUCCCUUCCGAACCCCACAACCCGAACCGCCACCUCAUCUUCACCACAUCCCUCGUCAUCACCGCCAUGGGCAUGGCGCUCAUCACAUCCGACCUGGGUAUCGUGUUCGAGCUCGUGGGCGCUACGUCCGCAUGUGCGUUGGCGUAUAUCUUGCCGCCGUUGUGUUUUGUCAAAUUGACGAAACGGAGGACGUGGGAGACGUAUGCGAGUUAUGUCUGUAUUACCUUUGGGUGCGUGGUUAUGAUGAUUAGUAUUACGCAGAGUGUUGCUAAGAUGGUAAGAGGGGAGGUUUUGGGGAGCAGUGGGAAGUAG